AUGUUGAAAGCUUUGUUCGUGGUGCUUUCAAUCGUUUCCCCAUUUGUCUUGUCACACUUUUUUGUUCAAAAAGAAGAAAGCUGUCGAGGGCCGAGACCCGGUGAUUGCGAUCCUGAGGCGUGUGGAGGAUCGUGCGAAGCUCGAUACAUCAGAUUUCACGAUCAAGGGAUUAAAGGUGAUCGAACGGUGAAAAGUUGCCAAUGUCAACGGGAAAAAAUUUGUCAGAUCAUUGGAAUGCAUGCCUAUGCUGGUUGCAGAAGUUAUGCCACCCUAAGUCCAUCCGGCCAACGAAUGGUUCGUGUUUGGAGCAUGAGCAGAGAUGAGAGGAGAGCGCGAAUCAACAAUGACACGUCAUAUCGAUUCGCGGAAAAGAAAAGACAUCAACAACUGAUUUAUGGGAAUAGCCGCUUCUGUUGUCGAACGAAAACUGGCAAAGUGACCGCACAAGACUCGGAAUUUUUGUUCGAUGAUUACGAAUCGGCAACGAUCAUCUCUUAUGUGGCUGGGCCAGAUCGUCGAGCUGUGUACGCUCUCGCCUAUCGCAGCUCAGCCACAACAUUUUCUCCAUUGAUCCCUUUUUCUGUUUUCAUUUCUUUUCUUUACUUUAGAAAUUCUUUCUUUACC